GGUAGUGAAAGAACUCGAGGCGGCGCAGAUGAAAGCAGCGAAAAUCAUCCUAGGAUGCUCCAGGCGCACAAGUAAUGCAGCCGUGAGGGCAGAAUUGGGGAUCCAAUCCCUACGGUCGGGAAGAGACGCGAGGAAGCUGACCUGGCAGUAUCGCAUGUGCGGGAUGGGAGAGGAGAGGUUGCCGAGAAUUGUAUGGGAGGCGAAGUGGGCAAACAAAAAGAGGGGUAGACAACCCACGGAAUGGGUCAAGGUUGUAGAGGACGUAUGGAAGGGGCUCGACAUCGACGAAGAUGAAACGCUGGAAACGGAGGGUCUACAGGGGUUCAAGGAGAAGAUAUCUGUUGCUUGUGCCGAGAGAGAAGAACAGAAUCGAAGGAAAGAAACCGAGAAAGAAACCGAGUAUAAGGAGGGUCUAGGAGUGUACGGAAUGUUGAAGGAAGGAAUAGGGUUCAAGGAUUUCCUCCAUGGACCAAUGGAUGCAGGGACAACGCUUAAGGUCAAAUUCAGGACCGGGGACAUCGGCCUUCGAGAACGCUAGCGAAGACAUAGAGCGGUAGACGACGAAGACGACAAGUUCAAAUGUGAUUGCGACUUCGAAUGCGAAGACCGUGUUCAUGUAGUAGCGGAAUGUAUAUGGUGUAAGAAGGAGAGGGAAGUGUACGUGACUGAGCUGGGAA